AUGGCAAAAGCAGAACAUCCUCGGAGAAAACUCGUUAUAAAGAUCUUCUCUCCAGGUUCUAAAGUUUCUUAUUCUUGUGGUACCAACACUCCAAAAGAUUCAAUAGUGUCCAAAGUGUGUGAGCUGAAGAAUAAGAAGGGUUAUUAUGCGAUGACAAUGUGGGUUAACACUGAAAACCCAUCAGAAUCUUGUGUCACUGAUUCAAGAAAUUCAAGAACUGAAAUGGCAACAUGGGAUAACACUAAAAACCCGUCGGAAGUAUGUGAGUCGAAGAAAAAGAAGGAGGAUACUGUGCGUGUGGAGUGCAAGAACAGAGAGAAGAAGAAACGAAAGGUGGAGCACGUAAUGAUGAUGGACCGUUGCAAGAAGAUGCAAUGCUGGGCGAUGUUGAAGCGUUUGAUGGUAGGAAGGGAUGCGUGGGCUUUACAGAAGGAUGUUCUUCAUCCAAAGAUUUUGUACGUUCUUGAUAAGUCUGAAGCCAUGAAAAAGCCAAAGGGUAUGGAGGAUAUUGAGUCAAAGUUGAAGAAUUCGGAUUACUCAGAAGCUUAUGAGUUUGUGGAUGAUGUGAGGCUUGUGUUGUCUUAUGCAUUGCAAUACCCUCCAAGGAGUGAGGUUCACAGAACUGCAACAAGGAUCACCGAGGGUUUUGAGGUCAAUUGGAAAACUAUGAAGGAGAAGUGGAUGCGUGAGGCCGAAGAGACGAACAAGAUUUGCAAGAGGGAAUUACAUGUGUGUCCAAAUGAAAGAAGUCAACUGACUGUCUUUCUCGCCAUGCACUCUAGGUCGACUAAGAUUGGCACCCAACUAUGUAGCAUCGACAAAUCCAAGAUUCAUCUCAUCUUGAAGCAGAUUUUUCAUGCUCACGACACUCAAGUUAAGACUGAAUUUGGGAGCAGGCCAAGGUUCUUCAUGCCAACAGCAUUCAAAAUCUUUAUGGGUUUCCCCUACAUCACCAAGGUCAAUUGCUGA